AUGGAUUUCUGGCAAAGAGCUCGGAGCUUCGCCGAGGAAGCCGCGAAGCGAUCGCAGGAGCUAACUCAGGGAAUCGGCUCCACCAAUUUCUCCGAUGUAGUAUCGGAGGCGUCGAAACGGUCUAUGGAGUUGGCUGCCGAGGUGUCAAACAAGUCCAAGGAAAUUGCUGUUGAGGCAUCGAAGAAAUCCAAGGAGAUCGCUUCCGAAGCGUCAAAGAAGUCGAAGGAGAUCGCCUAUCAGAUCAAGUUUCAGAUCCCUCCGGUCGCCGCCGUGGCAUUGACUAACCUGGUAGACUCGGGUCAGAAGGGAAAUGAGGUUGAUCUGGAGAAGUAUGGGGUUACUGAUGAGCUCCGGCAGUUUGUGAAGGGGAUUACUAUGAAUACUUUUCAGGAUUUUCCGCUUGAAGAUGACUCAGAGAUGUCAGAUAUUCCUACUGUUUCAAAUGUUCGACAGGAUCUCACAGAGUGGCAAGCAACCCAUGCCAAGCUUAUGCUUGCAACAGUGAAGGAAAUUUCUAAGCUAAGGUAUGAGUUAUGCCCAAGAGUGAUGAAAGAGAGGAAGUUUUGGAGAAUCUACUUUAUUCUAGUUAACAAUCAUGUGACACCGUAUGAAAAACGGUAUAUGGAAGAGGUGAAGCUAAAAUCUUCAGAAAAGGAGAAAAAUGCUGGCGGGAAGGAAAUUGCAUCAGGUGGAACAUCUUCUAAAGCAGCAGUGGAGGUUUCAAACCAGAAAAACAAUAAUGCAAAGUCACCUGCCUCUGAGCAGGAUUUAGAUGUAUUUCUUCUUGGAGACCUUGAGGACAGUGAUGAUGGUCCAGAUGGUGGUGAUGAUGGAUUUGAUGAUGAUUUUGACAAGAUAUAG